AUGGAAGGGCCCGGAAACCUGCGUCUCGGGGGCGGGGGAGACGCGCAAGGAGAGACAGUGCGCGCGCGCUGCAGGCCUACGGACGUCAGGUCUAGUGGCCCGACCCCUCAGUCGAGGACCGAAGCCUCGCCGCCCGCCGUGUUUACAUUCCACCAGCGCCGGCCACGCGGCUUUUUGCCGCUCCAGCGCCGCUCGGCUCCGCCCCCAGAGCCCCGCGACCCGCCCCUCCGCCGCACUCCCGCCAGACCACCCCCGCGUCCCGGCCUGCGCAGCCCCGCCCCACCGCGCGCGCCGGCCGGCCCCCGCGUCCCGCCCCGCGCGGGCUCCGCAGCUUGGGCGGUGCAGGCCCCGCCACGGCCCCAGGGCCCCGCCCCUCCGGCGCGCAGGCCCUGUCACUUAGCCCCGCCCCGCGCUGGCCCCGCCCCGGGCGGGCCUGAGCGCCUGGGCGGGCCUGCGCCGCGCAGGGCGGUCCUGAGGGCGGUGGCUGGGCGGGGCCGAGCCCUCUGGCUGCCGCUGAGGGGCUCCGAGCCGGCCGGGGCGGAGCGGAGGGUGGCGGGAGGGCGCGAGGGCGGUCCGGGGGCCGGUUCCGCGCGCUGGGAUUUUUAA